AAACUCAGAAAAACCUGUCAUGAACAUAUUCAUAUUUAAAAAUAAAAGAAGAAGAAAAUAUAUUUUGUAUGAAGACAAUUGAGGUGAAAUAUGUCUUGGUGGAGUUUGUCUUUUCUUCUCCUUCUUUACUGUGUCAUGCAGUAUGUUUCUGUGCAGUUACUGUAUCUGAUAGUGAACUCUCUCUCUCUCUCUCUCUCUCUCUCUCUCUCUGUCUCAGUUUGUUCGCAGUACUCACGAGGAGUGUUUGCGAUCUUCGGCCUGUAUGAUAAGCGUUCGGUGCACACUCUGACGUCGUUCUGCAGCGCGCUGCACAUCUCUCUGGUGACGCCCAGUUUCCCGGCCGAGGGCGAGACGCAGUUCGUGCUUCAGCUGCGUCCAUCGAUCCGCGGCGCGUUACUGAGCCUCCUGGACCAUUACGACUGGAGCCGCUUCAUCUUCCUGUAUGACACAGACAGAGGAUAUGCCAUCCUGCAGGCCAUCAUGGAGAAGGCGGGUCAGAACGGUUGGCAGGUCAGUGCCAUCUGUGUGGAGAACUUCAACGACGCCAGUUACCGAAGACUGCUGGAAGACCUGGACCGAAGACAGGAGAAGAAGUUCGUCAUCGACCUCGAGGCAGAACGACUCCAGAACAUUCUGGAACAGAUUGUCAGCGUGGGCAAACAUGUGAAAGGAUACCACUACAUCAUCGCUAACCUGGGAUUUAAGGACAUUUCUCUUGAGAGGUUUAUGCACGGCGGGGCAAACGUCACUGGUUUCCAGUUGGUGGAUUUCAGCAAGCCGAUGGUGAUCAAACUAAUGCAGCGCUGGAACAAACUAGAUCAGAGGGAGUAUCCAGGAUCCGAGAGCCCACCCAGGUACUCAUCAUCACUGACGUACGAUGGUGUGCUAGUGAUGGCGGAGGCAUUUCGGAAUCUGCGCAGACAGAAGAUCGACAUCUCUCGCAGAGGCAAUGCUGGAGACUGUCUGGCCAACCCAGCUGCUCCUUGGAAUCAGGGCAUCGACAUGGAACGGACUCUGAAACAGGUGAGAAUCCAGGGUCUCACUGGGAAUAUCCAGUUUGAUCAUUAUGGACGCAGAGUCAACUACACCAUGGACGUCUUUGAGCUAAAGAGUAACGGCCCCCGCAAGAUCGGUUACUGGAACGAUCUGGAUAAAUUGGUUCUGGUCCAGAAUGAGCUCUCCAUGGGAAAUGACUCUGCUAUAGAGAACAGAACGGUUAUCGUCACAACUAUAAUGGAAGGACCGUACGUGAUGCUGAAAAAGAACUGGGAGAUGUAUGAAGGAAAUGACCAGUUUGAAGGAUACUGCGUGGAUCUGGCGUCUGAGAUCGCCAAGCACAUCGGCAUCAGAUACAAGAUCUCCAUCGUUCCUGACGGGAAAUACGGAGCCAGAGAUCCGGAGACGAAGAUCUGGAACGGCAUGGUUGGGGAGCUGGUGUACGGGAAAGCGGAAAUCGCUGUGGCCCCUUUAACCAUCACUCUGGUCCGGGAGGAGGUGAUCGACUUCUCCAAGCCCUUCAUGAGUCUGGGCAUCUCCAUCAUGAUCAAGAAGCCUCAGAAGUCCAAACCGGGCGUCUUCUCCUUCCUGGACCCGCUGGCCUACGAGAUCUGGAUGUGCAUCGUGUUCGCCUACAUCGGCGUGAGCGUGGUGCUCUUCCUGGUCAGCCGCUUCAGCCCGUACGAGUGGCACACCGAGGAGCCCGAGGACGGCUCCGACGGUCCGCCCAGCGACCAGCCCCCCAACGAGUUCGGCAUCUUCAACAGUCUCUGGUUCUCUCUAGGCGCCUUCAUGCAGCAGGGCUGCGACUUCACACCCAGGUCUCUGUCUGGUCGCAUAGUCGGAGGCGUUUGGUGGUUCUUCACUCUCAUCAUCAUUUCCUCCUACACGGCAAACCUGGCCGCCUUCCUCACCGUGGAGAGAAUGGUGUCCCCUAUCGAGAGCGCAGAAGACCUCGCCAAACAGACAGAAAUCGCCUACGGGACGCUCGAUUCCGGCUCAACCAAAGAGUUCUUCAGGAGGUCAAAGAUCGCAGUGUACGAAAAAAUGUGGAGCUACAUGAAGUCGGCCGAGCCCACGGUCUUCACCAAGACGACAAACGAGGGCGUGGCUCGCGUGCGCAAGUCCAAAGGGAAAUACGCCUUCCUGCUGGAGUCCACCAUGAACGAGUACACGGAGCAGCGCAAGCCCUGCGACACCAUGAAGGUCGGAGGGAAUCUGGACUCCAAGGGCUACGGGGUGGCCACGCCCAAAGGAUCGCAGCUAAGAACGCCGGUAAACCUGGCAGUGUUGAAACUGAGUGAAGCAGGAGUGCUAGACAAACUCAAAAAUAAAUGGUGGUACGAUAAGGGCGAGUGCGGACCCAAGGACUCGGGAAGUAAGGACAAGAGCUCGCAGGCGCUGAGCUUGAGCAACGUGGCGGGGGUUUUCUACAUCCUGGUGGGCGGCCUGGGUCUGGCCAUGCUGGUGGCCCUGGUCGAGUUUUGCUAUAAGUCCCGCGCCGAGGCCAAGAAACUGAAGCUCACCUUCUCGGAAGCCAUGAGAAACAAGGCCCGCUUGUCAAUCACGGGCAGCCUGGGGGAAAAUGGGCGUGUCCUGACGCCAGACUGCCCUAAGGCCGUGCACUCUGGCCCCUCCUUCCGACAUGGCCCCGCCCUCGCCGUGGUGUCCUCCAACCUCCCAUAGAAACCAAAAACUCACCUUGUGCCUUAAACCAUCUUACCCCUCUACUGAAGUUCAGAUAUCACGCAAACCACGGCAGAAGAACACGCCGUCGCCAGCUCGAAACACGACUAACCUGAUAACGCACUCUUGCAGCUCUCGGAAAAGACGUCAACAAUUGUAAAUGAGCCGGGACGGCAUGGAUACAAACGCUUGGCGAGCAUCAAGGAUCCAUGAUGCCUUAUCCUAACUUUGGGGACGAACACCUUCACAUACCAGAUGAAAAAUCACGACCAGUAAACUGUAAAUGUAGAGACAUUAGCCACGCUUUCCUGACAUCAGCGAACUUGUAUAAAAUCACUUAUUUACGGCCCAAACUCACUAGCUACUAAACUCUAUGUAGAUAUUCUCUCAGGAGCCACGAAGGGGGACGAAGGAAACACCUUUUAUCAUCUUGACAGGAUUUCUUCAAGACGCCGCCAUGGGCCGCUUGCUUUUUGGACUGAAAUGUAAAUAGACCAGUAGUAAAAGCUGAACAUGAAUCUUUUAUAAAGCAUCUUAGAUAAUAAAUCAUUGCAAUAAUGACAAUAGGGAGACAUGACUUGUAAUUAAAAGAUCUUUUAUAUACACACAGUAUUAUAUAUAUAUAUAUAUAUACAGAAUAUAAUAGAGGGACAUCUGAACUAAAACAUGUGAGACCAUGGCAUCUGUUCUGUUAACAGUUGUUUUGAUAACUGAUGUAACGCAGUGUGUAAGUGUCUUUGUCUUUAAUGAAUGUCCACGCAUUUCACAUUUCGCACAAACACACGAGUGUAGGAUGUGAACGCCACACUGCAUCGCAUCGCACACGAUUCUCACCUUCGGUGUUCGGUUUUGUUUUUGCGUUCUUUUGUUUUUCUCUUUGUACUCACCAAUUCAAAUAAAACUGGAACAUGUAUACGA